CUCACUGAUGUCUCCAGUCUUCGCAGUAAUACUUAGAAGCUCACAGAGAAAUGAUAUACCUAGAAGCUCGAUAUUACAGUCUCAAUAGACUUCUAUUGCUUGCUGUUGGUUUAUGGCCCUAUCAGCAAUCCAAAUUUACUCAAUUUCAGUUUAUUUUUUUCUCUGCUAUUCUGUCAGCGAGUAUUAUAUUUCAGCUGACACCAUUAAUAGUAUUAAAAUGUACUUCGGACCUUGUUACCAAAGUGUUGUCUUCCGUAUCUUUCUUUACACUGUUUAUAAUAAAAUAUAACGCAUUCCGUUUUAACAUUGAUGUUGUGAAAAAGUUAUUGAUGGAGCUUCAACAUAUACUUAACGAAUUAAGGGAUAAAAACGAAAUUGCUAUUGCAAAAAAAUAUAGUUGUAUCGCUAAUCGUUACACGAUUGCGCUUACGGCAGUUGGAGUUUGUGGAUUAUUUGUUAGUAUUAUAGUUCAAUUUUGGUCGAAUUUAAUUAAUGUUGAUGUACCGAUGAAUAUGUCUCACCAAAGGUCACGUCAUUUAUUCAUUAUAACGGAGUAUUUCGUCGAUCAAGAGAAGUAUUUCCAUUUGAUUUUGUUCCAUAUGUACAUAGCUUUUUCCAUCGGAGCGACUGUAAUGGUAGCAAUAGGUACAAUGCUUAUUACGUAUGCUCAAUAUACCUGUGGAAUGUUUAGAAUUGCUAGCUAUCGUAUUAAACAUGCAAUGAGUAUCGACAUUUUACAAAACAUUACGCUAAAAAAUAAGAUUCUGAUGACCGAGGGCAUAAUUUAUGCGGUCGACAUUCACCGGCAAGCUAUGAAGUUUGUAUUUACAUCGACAAUAUUCAUGCAAC